GAGAUGCCAAAGCCAAAGCCAAAAAACCCACCAAAAUCUGCGUACCCUUUACGUCUCUCUCACUUUUGUUUUCUUUUCUCCCCAACACUCCUUUUCCUUGACAAUUCACCACAACGAUUCACAUUCCCAUUACCAUUCUUCCCACCAAAGCAAGUCCUCCUCUCCCCCUUCAAAACCCAGUUCCCAUAUUUCCCCAAAAUUAUUUGGAACUCCAUUUUUGCCACAACUAUUUGGUCAUGUGGCUGAGAAGAAUUGUUCUUGAAUUUCGUUUACCAUGAGGAGUUCUUGUUGUUGUUGCUGCUGCAUGCAAUUGCAAGCAUGGAUGAACUGCCGGGGUCGUUGGGAACCAGCGCCAGCUUGGCUCUGCGAUUCGGGCAGACCAUCUUCUCCACUGCCUCCCUUCUCUUCAUGUGCUUGGACGUCGAGUUCUACAGCUACACCGCCUUCUGCUAUUUGGUGACAGUAAUGGGUUUGGUAGUUCCAUGGAGCAUGACGUUGAUGAUCGUGGAUGUCUACUCUGUCUUCUUUAGAUAUUUGCCUCGUCGACCAAGAAUAACUACAAUAAUUAUUUUAGGAGACUUGGCGUUGUCAUAUCUCUCACUCGCUGCAGCUUGCUCAACGGCUAGUACCACAUAUCUCCUACUUCAUCUCGGUAGAUCCUACUGCCCUGCCAAGUUAUGUACUAGAUAUCAGUUAUCUGCUGCAAUGGCUUUCCUUUCUUGGUUUCUUUCACUAGGUUCCUCUCUAUUCAAUCUUUGGCUUCUUCCUUCUUUGUAAAAGUCUUGCCGGCUGUUGUGUCAUAUACAGAAAAUGAGCUCCGCCGAAAUUGAAACAAUGGUGUCAUAUGCAGAAACUUUUAGGAGAUACAAAUAGGGUCGUCUGAGAUGAAGCUUUGAGAAAUGUAUAUUACAAAGUUAUUUUGAGUUGUAUUUUAUGAAGAAGGAAUAAGUUGUUUUUCUAAUCACUUGUAAAUGCAAGUGACACCUGUAACCAUAUUUGCAAGAAGUUUUUGUUGAAAUAUCUCACAUCGACCGUAUUUUUGUUAAAAUAAAAAUUUUAAUACUCUUAACUCUA